AUGGCUCCUUCCGUAUUUUCGUCGCUUGUCGUGGCUGCUGUGCUUUCUAGCGGUGAGCUGCUCGCCCCCACGGCCACCGCUCACCAAGUUGUCCUGCUACCAUCCCCGACCUACACAACCGAUGAUAAGGACACGAAAUAUGCACCUCUGACCUUUCUGGAGGGCCAGGGAUACGAGACCGUCGAGGACUUUAACGGCUGGCGUCGCAACAACGGGUAUAAGACUCUGCGUGACUUCAUGGAGUACACCGUCGCGGAUGGAGCCGACUAUUACUGUGGCUUCACGAAUGUUAACGCCGCUCCGCAACCUAAUCCGGACGGAGCAAUGCGUUCCACGGGCUACACACACGAUGGCCCGUGUGAGGUUUGGCUCGACAGCACACGCGUGCUCCAGUCGGAUAACUGCCACGAAACCAUUAUUGGCAAGACCUAUAAUUUGGACUACAGCUCGUGCAAGGGCACCUGCACGCUACGCUGGUACUGGCUUGGUGUGCGUUUUCUCAAAAACGCCUACUCGUGGCAGAUCUACAAGGCUUGCAUCCCGCUUUCGGCUUCGGCCCGACGUCUUGAAGUUGCCGCGAACAAAUCGGUCGUCUUUGACCCUACAGCCUAA